AUGCAGAGAGGCUUUAAGGGAUACGCACUUCGACUGCUGCUACUCCAGCCCGAUUUCGCGAGCAAAGGUGAGGCAAAGGACGGGUAUGGUGUGGGAGGGAUGAAGGAGAGGAGGAGGGGAGAGAAGCGCAUUGUGCUUAUCAGGCACGGGCUGAGCUCGUGGAAUGCGGAGGGGAGAGUCCAGGGCCGGUCGGAUGAGUCUGUUUUGUCGGAGACUGGCGAGAUUCGGGCGCUGAGGUGCAGAGAGGCGCUGAGGGAUACCCACUUCGACUGCUGCUACUCCAGUCCGAUUUCUCGAGCUAAGGCGCUGCGGUGCAGAGAGGCGCUGAGGGAUACUCAGUUUGACUGCUGCUACUCCAGCCCCAUAUCACGAGCCAAGAGCAGUGCAUCACCUGGGAGGGGCGCAAGGGAGCCUCUCGUGUUUCUGGAGAGCAGCGCGGAGAUCAUUUGGGAGGGGCGCAAGGAGCCUCUGGUGUUCCUGGACUCCCUUAGCGAGGCCCACCUGCACUUUCUUGAAGGCAUGCUCAACUCCGAAGCUAAGCGGCUGUAUCCGGACCUGUUCCGAGCCUGGCGAGAAGAUCCGGCGAACUUCUGUGUGGAUGGGGUGUUUCCGGUGCACCAGCUGUGGGAUCAGGCCAGAGACACGUUCAGGGCAAUGGACGUCAACAAUGGGGGCAUGUGUGUGGUGAUGGUGAACAGUAGAGGCGAGCCCAUGGUGGAGAGUCUCAAUGUCACGGCACAUCUACACCCCCCUUUCCCUUCCCCUCCACCGGCUGCUCUGCUGCUACCAGCGCUGCUGACAGUAUCCCUGGGAGUGGCCAACCGAGUGCCAUACAAUCCGAGACCCUCUUUCUCAUGCCCUCUUUCUCAUGCCCUCUUUCCCAUACGUUUCCCCUCUUCCAUCCACCAGAUGCUGCUAGCAGCGCUGCUGACAGUGUCUCUGGGAGUGGCCAACCCACUCCUACUACUUGCACUGCUGACAGUAUCUCUGGGAGUGGCCAACCGAGUGCUUCACCUCUCAUCCUCCUCCUCGUCUGCUGCUCCCUCGAUAUGGUCACACCCGACAUGCUCCCUCGUCUCGCAGCCCGUCCUGUGCCCUGCUCCCCCCCUUUCCUUCUCGUCCGUACCUCCCUUGCCCCUUUUCCUCCUCGUUCGUACCUCCCUUGUCCCUUUUCUCAUUUCCCUUUACCGUUUCCGCAUCCGCCCCUUGGCAGCAGCAGUUGUCAAGAAGCCGCCUCUGCCCACUCUCCUCUCCCCCCUCUCCCCCCUCUCCCUGCUCUCCCCCCUCUCCCCGCUCUCCCCCCUCUCCCCGCUCUCUCUCCACUCCCCUCCCUCUCCCCCCAUUCCCUCUCCCAGCUACGUGGCAGUCUAUUCACUCACCCUCCUCGCACGCACCUCCCUCAAUAUAGUCACACCCGACAUGCUCUCUCUGCCCAAGCUUCCCUUCAUGCUCAUGGGGCUGCUGGAAGGAGCAGGACUCGCAUUAGGCAUAAUUGCUGCUGCCCCUAAACCCCGAACCCCUAAUUCCUAUCCCGACAUGCUCACUCUGCCCAAGCACCCCUUGCUGCUCAUGGGGCUGCUAGAAGCAGCAGGACUCGCGACAGGCAUGAAGGCUGCUGGUGACUUGAAAGGCAGUGCCAACACAUAUGUCGUUUGCACGAACGUCAUCCCCUCUGCUCCCGUGCCCUCCCCUGCUGCCUUCCCCUGCUGCCCUCCCCUGCUGCCCUCCCCUGCUGCCCUCCCCUGCUGCCCUCCCCUGCUGCCCUCCCCUGCUGCCCGCCCCUGCUGCCCCCCCUAUGCCCCCCCUCUGCAGCGCACAUGCCAGGAGUCCUCAUCCCAGUGCUCUCACAGGUAUGCCCUUCCCUUCCCUCUUUGCUGUCGCACUGCACCGCACACAACCUCUGUGUUCCCCACUCUUCGCCCUGCAGGUCUUCCUGGUGUGGCAGGUCACCCUCGCUUAUCUCUCUCACUUCUUUCUUCAACCAUCUCUCCCGCUCUGCACCGCACACAACCCCUUCAGGUCUUCCUGGUGUGGCAGGUCACCUUCUCUUAUGUCUUCCUCGGCUGCCGGUACUCGCUACAGCAGCUUCUGGGAUGCUUCCUCGUGAUCAUGGGGAUUGCCGUGGUGGUGAUCACAAGUGGACCGCCAUUGCAUAUUGUGUCCACGUUAUUAGCUUCUCUGCUAGCAGCAACACCGAUCCAGUGGCCCCUCCUCUUCCUAUUGUCCACUGUGCUUCCAGCAGCAUCCUCUGUUCUUAAGUACACUAAGAUGUUCCAACAGAAAUACCUCUUCCAGCUCUCAUACCCGUUUCCCCACCUCCUUCCCCUCAUCUUCUCCUACUGA